GCAACGUCGUAACUUGUCUCUGUUGCCCGUAGCUUACCAGAAAGUAGACACCUGGGCAUUUUCCAGCGAAGCUGUAGUUUGAUUAAGCCCAGCUCGCGUGACUGAUGUUUCUCGAGUCCCAUGUCCUGUUAGGAAUCGGUUCCAGCUCCCCAGUGCUGACUCAGGUGACUUAUGACCGCAGCUAGCGCGCCCAUCUACAAACAUGCACUACAAUGCCGCAUCUGGCACGAAGCGGCAACAGGGAUUGAGCCCAAUUUAACACAAGGUACAAGCUCGGAGGGAAGGGGGCACGGAUCGGGCGGGAGGAGCGAGAGCACGAUGCCACCUCAGUCCAGGAGCUCCGCCUCGGCGGGCACGGCGGGGCAUGCGGCGCCCGCGCCGAGGAGCACCUGCUUCAGCCUCGCUCUCGCCAUCUCCAGCGCCUCGGCCGUCCUGGCGGCCUUGAUCGCCCUCUCCGCCUCCCUGCUGGGCAACCACACGUGAACCCUAAUCACAGUGGGGUGACUGGAUAAGAAGCCCUUGGAGAAGGAACCUGGGGUCUGGAAGCCGGUGGAACUCCACUCGGGAGUUGGCCAUGGAUAUCACCGCCGCCCCCAUGAGACGAGGAAUCCUGCAGGGUCUGAAGCCUCCCGGUCACAUUCCUGAACGAACGCCCCCACCGUAGCCCCCGCAGGCCAGAGCUCUGAAACGCCGGCCAGGGCCCAUCACUCGAAGGAUGCCUGCAGCCAUAAGUGAGGCUCAGCGGGGGUGUCCGACGCCCGAGCGCCGAUGGAAGCCGCAGGGGUGGAGUUCGCAUGCGGGUGCAGGCCUGCACUGCUGCCUGUGGGCCGCCUGCGCCGUCCGCUGCUCGCGCCGAAGGCCCACCGGCGCGGCCCUCUCCUGGGGAGGACGCCGGG